UGUUGCUCCAGUUUGACAGGCGGCUUCUUUGUUUUCUCUGAACAAAAUGUGAAUACUGCUUUCCUUAGAUGAGUGUCCUUUGUCCUUCAGUAUCUUCUGGUUUGACAACAUGAAGUUUACAUGGCUGCCAGCUUCUCUUCUGAUGCUGCUUGUGGCGGCAACCGUUGCGUCUCUUCCCAAAAACAGCAAACCCAAUUUUGUUCUGAUGAUGGUGGAUGACCUGGGAAUUGGAGACCUGGGCUGCUAUGGCAAUAAAACCCUGAGGACCCCCAAUAUUGACCAGCUGGCACAGGAAGGGGUGAAGCUCACGCACCACAUUGCCGCGGCGAGCCUGUGCACCCCCAGCAGGGCGGCGUUCCUCACUGGACGGUACCCGAUUCGAUCAGGUGUAGCUGGUACUAUCAGACCUGGUGUCUUUAUAUUUAACGCAGCAUCUGGAGGUCUUCCCAGCCACGAGCUAACCUUUGCUAAGAUCGCCAAACAGCAAGGCUACGAGACGGCUCUGAUAGGAAAGUGGCACCUAGGACUUAACUGCGAACGCAGUGACGACCACUGCCACCACCCCAGCGCCCACGGCUUCAACUAUUUCUUCGGUAUCCCCUUGACCAACCUGCGAGACUGCCAACCUGGACAUGGCACCGUGUUGCAGAUCCAUAAAUAUUUACCAUUCCAGACUCUGACUCUUGUCUUGGUCACCAUGGCCAUACUCCACUACGCCGGCAUCAUCACCAUUGGUGGUAGGCUGAUAGAGAGACUGCUGUCUCUGACGCUCGUGAUCACGGGUCUGGUGGCGGGCUUCAUCAUGGUCUUUCCAUAUCUCAACUGUGUUCUCAUGAGGGACCACAGAGUUGUGGAGCAGCCGUUCACUUCUGAAAACUUGACACAGAGGAUGACAAGUGAGGCAGUGGACUUCAUAGAGAGGAACUCAGCGAGGCCUUUCCUGCUGUAUUUCUCUUUCCUUCAAGUGCACACAGCCAUGUUUGCUUCUGCAGCAUUCAGAGGAAGCAGCCGUCAUGGCAUCUAUGGCGACGCUGUCCAUGAGGUGGACUGGAGCGUAGGUCAGAUCAUGCAGACUCUGGACAGACUCCAGCUGAGAGAAAACACUCUGGUCUACCUGACCUCAGACCAGGGUGCUCACCUGGAGGAAAUCUCCUCCACAGGGGAAGUCCACAGAGGAUGGAACGGGAUAUACAAAGGAGGGAAAUCCACAAAUUGGGAAGGAGGGAUCCGGGUGCCCGGGAUUCUCAGCUGGCCUGGAAAAAUCCCUGGUGGCAGGGAGGUGGAUGAGCCCACCAGCAACAUGGACCUGUUUCCCACUGUGGUGCACCUGAGCGGAGCCUCAGUGCCAGAGGACAGGGACAUAGACGGUCACAACCUCAUGGAUUUGCUUCAGGGACGAGCUGAAAGGUCCAAGCACGAGUUCCUGUUCCACUACUGCAAUGCCUACUUGAACGCAGUUCGAUGGCACCCUGAGAACAGUAGCUCAGUGUGGAAAGCCUUUUACUUCACACCAAACGCCUACCCAGAAAACGAGGUGGCCUGUUUCCACACGCACGUGUGCUUUUGCACGCCAGGCUACGUGACCCACCACAACCCCCCGCUGCUCUUCGACCUCUCGAAGGACCCAUCGGAGUCCACGCCCCUGACUCCAGACACCGAGCCAGCCUUUUACUCCAUCCUGGCUGCGAUGAAAGAGGCCGUGGAGUGGCAUCAGAGAUCGGUGAAGCCUGUGGCGAGCCAGCUAACCGUCGGGACUCUAAUUUGGAAACCCUGGCUGCAGCCUUGCUGCUCCACACUUUGGCAGCUCUGUCAAUGCCAGCAGGACCAAUAGCUUAUAAAUAAGUCCUGCUUGCAACAGGAUCACAUAAGUGACAACAAUGACAAUCACAUUUGUGACCUCAGCAACACUGAAUUCCACACAACAACCUCCACCACAACUUAUUCAGCAGCUUGUACCAGUUUUAAGAAUACACAGACUCUUUAAAUACAGCUCGACUGUCAAACACUGUCAAAACCCUGCAGUGUGAAGUGUGUGUGUUGCCUUUGCAUGCUUCUCUCUCUGUGUAUGGGUUGUGUGUUCAGUAACUUUGCCACAGUUCGCCAUUCACUGCAAAAAAAAUCUCAUCGAAAAAGCGUCUUGACAGCUGUCAAACGCUCGUCGAAAGCGCAUCUGCGCCCGAACGUAGCGCUUUGAUGCAGCGGUAGCAUUAAAUGUGCUUCCUGUCCGGGUAGUUUCUUUCUGCCCCUGCAUGUGUUUUCUCCUCUUUUACUCGUUUUACCAUCCCAGUCUUUAGCUGUCAUAUUUCCUGCUGUCAGUUUUAUACUUGCGUACAACUCAGGUCUUUUAUUUAUACACCACCAGGCGGCCAAACAGUACACACACACACACACUUCCCCCAGGAUAUUAUUAUUUUUUUUUAGAAUUGAAUAAUAUUUCAGUUUGUGUUUACAGCAUGUUCUGUUUCACCAAAGUAGCAAAAAAAAAAAAAAAAAAAAAAAAAUCAAUUAACACAACUUUAAUUUAAGAAAUUAAAGCGGAAAUUAAAGUCUUCUAUUGGUGGAAUCAUGGGAAAUUAACUCACAGAGUUUUGGAGGUAGAAAAAUCGGGAUAUAAUGACCUCUAUUUUUUUUUUUUUUAAAUAAAUCUUCUUGUAUGUCCUUGAAAUUAGGUUCAAGUGCGACAACUACAUGCUGAAAGCUCUUACACAACUAACUGUGCAAAUCUUUAACUGAAGAAUAAAAAGAUAAAACAAUUUUGAUCAAAGAAUAAAAAAGCAUGAGUGAGAGUUUGACUAUUUUCUGAAGUUUUGUUCAGUUUACUCAGUGCUUGCAGUUUAGUGUUUCUGCUACUAGUAUAUUUCUUGUUAAAUGCCUUUAAAAUAUUCCUUUAAUUAUCUCCUAUGCUGACGCAGCAUCAGUGUGACAUGUACCUCACUGUGGUUCUGCAGAAUCUGGAUCUGUGCAAACCAUUUUCUGUCCCCAUGAUCCUGCUGUUCAUCUUCUUAUAGUAAUAAUAAUAAUAAUAAUAAUAAUUAUUAUUAUUAUUAUUAUUAUUAUUAUUAUAUAAAUUUUCAACACCUCACUGGAUUUUCAACAGCUCACUGGAGUCAUCCCACGUGCCAGCCUGGUUCAAAUCCUCCACCAUAGUUCCAGUCCCUAAGAAGCCAAGGAUCACUGGACUUAAUGACUACAGACCUGUCACCUGGUUCUGUCCCACCUCAAGACCAUCACGGCCCCCCACCUGGGCCCCCUACAGUUUGCCUACAGACCCCACAGUCAACCUGGCCCUUCGCUUCAUCCUGCAGCAUCUGGACUCCCUGUGAAUCUAAGUCAGGAUCCUGUUUGUGGACUUAAACUCUGCCUUCAAUACAAUCCUCCCAGCUCUCCUCCAGGACAACCCCCCCCCCCCAAGACUGUGUACUUUCCCCUCUGCUCUUCUCCUUGUACACCAACUGCUGCACCUCUGGCCACCAGUCUGUCAAGCUGAUUAAGUUUGCAGACAACACCACCUUCAUUGGUCUCAUCUGGGAUGGGGAUGAUGUUCUGUGUUCCUUUUCCCGCUGCUGACUGAACUUAAAGCACAGCUUAGAGACUAUUAAAGAACAAACAUCUCUCCAUGUGGUGCACACCUACUCUCCAUAAUAGAGUCUUAAGAAUAAUCAUUAAGUAGCUAUUAAGUUAUUAAAUGUUUGCUACAGAGUGAAUAUUGUUUUCUCGCUGGGCCCUCACUGCGUGGAUUUCCCAGCAGCGUCCGUGGCUCAGCAGGAGCGUC